AACCUUUCAUAUGUUGUUUGCAAAGUUCGCGCUUGCGCAGACUAUAUUUACGUUGAAUAUUCGGGAAAACAUCAUCUGACAUUGACAUAAGCUGUAGAACGUAUAUAUGGCAUCACUGGAGAUUGCCAAAGCAGGCUGGUUAUGGAGACAAAGUUCAAUUUUGAAGAGAUGGAAGAAAGAAUGGUUUGUGCUCUACCAGAAUGGAGACUUGAGAUAUUUUGAGAACCCAGACAGCCAUGAGCCUGAAGCCCGCAUUGUUGUCCCUGCUGUCUGUAAAUACAUUACAACUGGAACAUCGGUGGAUGCUACUCCUCCAGAUGGUAAAUCAAAAGAUUGUUUACUGUGUCUGGUGAUCAAGGAUGGGGAAUUGAAACUGUGUGCUGAAGAUGCUGAUGACAUGAGAGCUUGGCAGAUAGCAUUUGAAGAGGCACGCACCAUACUUCCCCCCUCUGGCAACCCCCCUCCAUAUAAUGCAACUGUGAUGUACCCCGGGCAGCAAGAGGUGCAACAUCACUACCCCAUACAAGUGGGGGGCCCAUCCAACAUUGUUUACACCAGCACCUACCCCAGGGUAGGAGGAGGGUAUCCAGGCCAAAUUAUUGCUUUACCUGAUGGGACCCAAGUGAUGCAGCCCAGUAAUGUGGUGUACGUUAACGACCCCUACUAUCACCGCCGCCGCUACGACUCCUCCGAUGUGGCACUUGGGGUGGUGGCUGGUGCAGCGCUAGAAGAGGAAUCAAACCUGGGACCCCUGCAUCUUCCACUGAGAAACCCAGGCAGAUAUCAAAGCUGCAACAACUUAACUAACAAAUCUUUCAAAAGACACAAGUCUACAAGAAAAAUGAGUGCAAGAAAGAGAAACAGGAAUGGAGAUUUCAUUGGAGAAGAGGCUGACCAUCAAUCUUACUCUGGAUUGGGUUGUGGUGGAGCAUUUGAAAUUUGCACAGACAUGAGUAGAAGUGUUGUUGCUGACAGGCUCUGUCCUAGAAUAGACAACAUGCAGAUUGAGAAUUCAGUUGAUAAUAAGGAGAAUGUGUUUCAAUGCAAUGGCAAACUAGGGCAUAAAAUGAAACCAACCAAGGCUCUUGGUGAGUUUAAGCUCCUGAAACCCUCUGGCCCAGGAAAACGCCAUGUCCAGCUAGCUUUGAGCAAACCUGCCCCUUUUUCGCAUGAUGAAGAGGCAACUGCAGAAAAUGAAAGUGUUGACUACUCCAACAAAAUUAGUCUGGAAAUGGCCAAAGCGGGUAAAGCUCCACGACCAGUAAGGGUGUAUGCUGAUGGUAUAUAUGACAUGUUCCACUCGGGGCAUGCUAGACAGCUGAUGCAGGUCAAACUUGCCAUUCCAAACGCAUAUCUAAUUGUUGGAGUUUGUGACGAUGCUCUUACACACAAGAUGAAGGGGAGGACAGUAAUGAACGAAGCGGAGCGUUACGAGGCUGUAAGACAUUGUAGAUAUGUGGACGAACUACUGACAGGUGCUCCCUGGACGGUCACAGAGGACUUCUUAAAGAAACACAAGAUUGACUUUGUGGCACACGAUGAUCUACCCUAUGGAGCAGGAAACACGGAGGACAUUUACCAAGGUCUCAAAGACAAGGGCAUGUUCCUGGCGACACAGAGAACUGAAGGUAUAUCAACAACUGAUGUCAUUGCCAGAAUCAUCAAGGACUAUGAUCUCUAUGUUCGCAGAAAUCUCAGUCGAGGCUAUUCUGCUAAAGAUCUCAACGUUAGUUACAUGAGGGAAAAAAGAAUACAGUUUGAGACCAACUUGAAUUCCAUCAAAGACAAAGGGAAGGAACUGAUAGACAAAACCAAGGACAAGGGACACGAACUUCUACAUCGUUGGGAGGAGAAAUCCAAAGACUUUAUAGGAAACUUCUUGGAAAUGUUCGGCAGGGAUGGAAGACUGUCAACGUGGAUCAGGGCCAUUUCUCCACCAGCCAGCCCUACCCCAGGGGAAGGGUCCCACAGUGAAGAAGAUGAAGAUGAAGAAGAAUUGGAGCAGAUAUUUGACCACUCCAAAAAACCAUCAUUCACAGCUGGCCCUCCUCCCAAGAAAGGCCGCAAAUCUCCCUCAGAGGACUCCUCAUAACUGCUGCUUCAUUUUAUUUCCAUUUGAUUUAUAGAUACUUGUAUAUGAUGGCAUAUCUGAGACUGAGUUGGAGCUGUUAUUUAAGUUGUGAUGUCUGUACCAGUCAUUAUUUGUGGGCUGUUGUUGAUUGUUUUGCAGUCUUUUAUAUACCAUAGAAUUUUGUCUUCAAACAUUCUUGUCAUAGUUUUCAUAUAGUUCAUACAUGUAUUUUAUGUAUUU